AUGGAGGCCGUCCCUCUGGCCAGACCCAGUCUCUCGGGGAUUCUGCUGCAGGUUGCGAGGCUCUCAGUGCUGCUGGUCCAGAACCGGGUCCACCUCUAUAAUUUCCUGCUCCUGAGGAUCGGCCUGUUCAACCACUGGGUGUCAGAGCUGGCGCAGGAGGCCUGGGGCUCCGGCGGCAGGCAGGCCCACGCAGCCCCGGGGGGCUCAGCCAGCCCAGUGGGCUGGGCUGCACGUGCUGGGCUGGCGCUGAUAGAGAUCCCCGUGUGGCUGGCACUGUGCGUGCCCAGGCUGGUGUGGGGCAGCGUGCUGGGCUGGGCCCGGGCCUUGGGUCUGUCCCCACGAUGUCUGCACGCCCAGGGGCAGCUGGGUCACUCUGCGGCCACCUGGACGGACCUGCUUCUGUCCUGUUUGCACAGCCUGAUGCUGGCGGCCUUGCUGCUGCUGCUGCUGGCCUGGAGGCUGUGCCGGACGGCCCACCGCGUCAGCCUGGGCCAGCUGCCCAGCAAGGGCCUGCUGGAGAGCCGCCUGGUGCCGGAGCUCCUGUCACUGCUGAAGCGUCUGUACCAGUGGAUGGAGAACACGGUGACGCUCACCUACUGGCACCUGGCCUACCUGGUCACCUGGACCACCUGCCUCGCCUCCCACUUACUGCAGGCUGCCUUCGAGCACACAGUCCAGUUGGCCCAGGAGGCUGAACCCCAGGAGGCCUCAUGGCCCUUGCUGGAGUCCCCACUUCUUGAGUCCCUGACCCCCAAGGCUGGACCAGCCUUGCCAGAGCCUGAAACUGCUGGAGAAUAA